AUGAAAAUAACCACAGCUAUUAUUAAUGUAUCAUCAGAUUUAGCUUUUAUACUAUUUGCAUCAAUACCAAUUUAUUCAGCAACAAAAGCUUCUAUACAUUCAUUUACAAUGAGUCUUCGUUAUCAAUUAAUGAACGAAAUCAAAAAUAUUCAAAUCUAUGAAAUCGUACCAUCAGCUGUACAAACAAAUCUUGGUGAUAGUCAUACAUUUGGUGAACUACUUGUUCAAUAUUGUUAA